UGAAGUCUGCACCAAGACUUAAGACGUUCCAAUAUAUAUAUCUAUAGAUGGAUGGCUAACAGGCACAAGACAGUUGGAGCUGACUGUCACUGAGACUCCUCAUCGCUCUCUUCAUACUUUUGGUGCUUUUGUGCGUGUAGCAGGUUACCGGUGUCGGUGAUGGAGCGCUGGCGGGGCAGGGUGGCUCUGGUGACCGGAGCCUCGGUCGGGAUCGGGGCGGCUAUAGCCGUGGAGCUGGUCCGGCUCGGCAUGAAAGUGGUGGGCUGUGCCAGGGACAUCGGAAAAAUCCAGAAACUGGCAGCAGAGUGUCAGAGCGCCGGCCACCCUGGUAUUUUGGUGCCUUUCAAGUGCGACUUGACCAAAGAGGAGGAGAUUCUGGCCAUGUUUGCAGCGAUCAAAGAGCAGCACAAAGGCGUGGACGUGUGCAUCAACAACGCUGGCUUGGCUCACCCAGAGUUGCUGCUAAACGGCAAAACAAGUGCCUGGAAAAACAUGUUGGAUGUGAACGUUCUUGCACUGAGCAUCUGCGCACGUGAAGCUUAUCAAUCAAUGAAAGAGCGAAAUGUGGAUGACGGACACAUCAUAAACAUAAACAGCCAGUGCGGCCAUCAAGUGUUUCCUAAUGCUGAUGUACAUUUCUACACCUGCACCAAGUAUGCUGUAACUGCGCUGACUGAGGGCCUGAGGCAGGAGCUGCGUGCAGAAAACACUCAUAUCCGGGCCACAAGCAUUUCUCCUGGUGUAGUGGAGACAGAAUUUGCAUCACGCCUCUACAGAGAUGAUUCAGAUAAAGCAGCUGCUGUAUACACUAAAUAUAAGUCGCUGGAAGCAAAAGACCUCGUCAGUGCCGUCACAUACGUGCUCAGUGCCCCUCCUCAUGUUCAGAUUGGGGAGAUUUUGCUUGAAGGUCUGUAGCAGGUGUCAUGCAACUUGGCCGUGAGACCCAUCCCAAUCUUUACAUCAGUAGUGUGACUGGCUCUCCUUACUUCUCAACACUGUCAGAUUGUAAUCAAUUCACAGAAGAAUAAAAUGGAGGAAACUCGUCCAGCU